AUGCGACCGCAGUCGCCCGGCCGCCUCCAGUCCUUACUCGUGGUGGCGGCGGCGGCGCUGCUGCUGGGCUCCUCAUGCGACCCCUUCACCGCCGUCGCUGCGGCGGAGUCCCCCGCGCCCGGUGUGGGAGGGAGCCGCGCUCCGAUCGCGGGCCCGGAGCAGUGCGAGUCGAGGACGAUCAACUACAUAACACACACCCUGCCGCAACAGUGCCUGCGGACGAACUGGCCCGGCCAGGACCCCACGGCGGCGACGGGCGCGGCGCCGGCCGACGUGCAGAACGCUACGGCGGGAGAGGAGCAGGCGGCGGACAAGGACAAGGACAAGGACAAGGACAAGGACAAGGACAAGGACAAGGACAAGGACAAGGGCGUGGUAGAGGAUGACGAUGGGCAGGAUCUGGCCACCAGCUCCUUCAUGUCCUUCGAGGAGUGGAAGGAGCUGCAGCUGCGCAAGUCGGGACAGGACCCGGCGGACCUCCAGGCGCGCAGGAAGCAGGAGCACAGGGCCGACGGCUACAGCGGCUCGUCCAACGGCAACCUCGACAGCCUGGACGAUGACGGCGAGAUCUCUCUCGACUUCGACGCGCUGUCGGAGAAGGUCUCCGAGCUGACCUCUGGGUCCGGCCCGGCUGCCGACUCCCCCAGAGAAGAGGCCAGGGGCAGGGACGCCGUCCUCUACGACGACGGCAGGACGCAGUACUACCGCAGCAAGGACGCAGGCAAGACGUGCAAGGAGCGCUUCUCCUACGCCUCCUUUGACGCCGGCGCCACGGUCCUCAAGACGAGCGCCGGCGCUAAGAACGCAAAGGCCAUCCUCGUCGAGAACAAGGACUCGUACAUGCUGCUCGAGUGCAACACGCAAAACAAGUACUUCAUCGUCGAGCUCAGCGACGACAUCCUCGUCGACACCGUCGUCCUCGCCAACUUUGAGUUCUUCUCGAGCAUGAUUCGCCGGUUCCGCGUUAGCGUCAGCGACCGGUACCCCGUCAAGCUCGAGAAGUGGAAGGAGCUCGGCGUCUUCGAGGCCAGGAACUCGCGCGACAUCCAGCCCUUCUUGAUCGAGCACCCGCAGAUCUGGGCCAAGUACAUCCGCAUCGAGCUGCUUACGCACUACGGUAACGAGUACUAUUGCCCCGUUUCGCUGUUCCGGGUUCACGGCACCCGUAUGCUUGAUUCGUGGAAGGAGAGCGAAGGCGGCCGUGACGAUGACGACGAAACGUUUGAGAGCGUGCAGGAUGUCGCUGAGCGGCCCCAGGCCGCCGUCAGCGAGCCAGCAGUGGAGGAGCCGCCCAAGGAGGCCGUGGCGCAUCAGGAGUACGAGCCCUUCUCUGCCAAGUACGAGCUGUCGCCUUGGAACCCCAUCUUCUACACCGAGGCGUCAAGCCAUGUCUGUCCCAUCUCCUUGGCACCCACGGAGACUUCUCCAUCGCCUCCUACCAAUGGCGAGGACGGCCAAGGCGGCUCCGGCGACACAGGCGCAAGCACCACACCACCCUCCAAUGAUGGCUCAAUAUCGAGCGACGAGGCUGUCACGAAGGCAUCUGGGGACUCGGCUCAAGCCCAACAGGCUUCAGCAUCCUCGUCCAGAUCAUCUGCAAACGCAGGGAGCGGCCCUACAUCCUCUCCUUCCCCUGACACCAACAAACAUACCCAACCAGACCACAGCAACACCUCAGAUGGACCGACGCAAUCCGCACCGCCCUCCAAACUACCACCAACGACCAGCACAUCCACCCCAGCUGCAUCCUCUCAGCAACCAAAGCCGAGUAGUAAGAAUAACAACAACAACAACAACAACAACAAGAAGGCACAGCCAUCCUCAACACGAACAACCCAGAGGUCCCACAAACCUACCACCCUCCUCCCUAAACCCUCCCACCAACAGCAGAACCACCACGUCUCCUCCCGCAACCGCACGUCCUCAAGCUCAUCCACCCCCUCCGACAAGGGAGGAAGCAACGCCAACGGCGGCAGCGGCUCCACGCCACCGCCGCCCAACCCGUCCCCGACGGUCCAAGAGUCCUUCUUCAAGUCCAUCACCAAGCGCCUGCAGCUCCUCGAGUCCAACACCUCCCUCUCGCUCCAGUACAUCGAGGACCAGUCGCUCUUCCUGCGCGAGGCCCUGGGCAAGAUGGAGCGCCGCCAGAUCGCCCGCGUCGACGCCUUCCUCGACUCGCUCAACGGCACCGUGCUCGCCGAGCUGCGCGCCGUCCGCCAGCAGUACGACCAGGUCUGGCAGUCGACCGUCAUCGCCCUCGAGUCGCAGCGCGAGCGCUCCGAGCGCGAGCUCGUCGCCCUCUCGGACCGUUUGUCUUUGCUCGCCGACGAGGUCGUCUUCCAGAAGCGCAUGGCCAUCCUCCAGGCCGUCCUGCUGCUCUCGUGCCUCGUCCUCGUCAUCUUCUCGCGCGGCAUCGCCGGCAGCGGCAGCUUCGUCUUUGGCGCCGGCGACUCGCGCGGCGGCGCGGCCGCCCUGCUCGACCUCGCCCUGCUGCACCAGUACGGCGGCGGCGCCAUGAUGGGCUCGCCCACCACGUCGCCCUACCGAGGCGGCGGCGCCGGGUCCGGCGCCGGUGACGCCCGGGCCAGAGCCCUGUCCCGUAGCAAGUCCUACCCCGACAAGGUCCUGCCCCUGACGCCGACCUCCGAGUCUGCCAGUCGGGAAGGGUCGCCGCCGACCGCCCAGCCAGCUUACUUUGAAGAGGAAGAGAAGAACUGGAACUCGGCCAAGGCCGAUAGCUUGAACGAAAUGGCCGUUGACGGGCCCAGCUCAAUAGAGCAGGACAAAUCCGAAGAGCAAGUGCAUGGAGACUGCGAGGAUGGAGAGAUGAGGUCGAUACCCACGAUAACCACCACCUCACUUGUUGGAACGGCUAGGAAACCGUUACCAGCAUUGCCAGAAGACCCAAGUUAA